CGCGCAAGCUAGACGUCUGGGCAGCCCCCGGCGCAGCGCUGCAGCCUCCGCCUCCUGCACGGUGUGCGCGCCCGCGGCCAGGGCGGCCCGAACAAGUCCCGGCUGCUGCCGCCGCCCAGACCGGACGACAAGCCACCUAGGCGUCUGCCCGAGUCUCCGCCUCAUCGCCGCCGACACCGCACACGGUCGCCUGACUCAGUCCGGGAUUAAUUGUGGUGAGCCGGAGCCAGCUCCUCGGGGGCAGCAAUGCGACCCUCCAGGACGGCCGGAGCCUCGCUGCUGGUGCUGCUGGCUGCGCUAGUCUGGGCGAGUUGUGCAUUGGAGGAAAAGAAAGUUUGUCAAGGCACAAGUAACAAACUCACCCAGUUGGGCACUUUUGAAGAUCACUUUCUGAGCCUCCAGAGGAUGUUCAAUAAUUGUGAAGUGGUCCUGGGGAACUUGGAAAUUACCUACGUGCAAAAGAAUUAUGACCUUUCCUUCUUAAAGACCAUCCAGGAAGUUGCUGGUUAUGUACUUAUCGCCCUCAACACAGUGGAGAGGAUUCCUUUGGAAAACCUGCAGAUCAUCAGAGGAAAUGUGCUCUAUGAAAAUACUUAUGCCUUAGCAGUCCUGUCUAACUAUGGUGCAAAUAAAACUGGACUGAGGGAGCUGCCCAUGAGAAACUUACAGGAAAUCUUGCAUGGCGCCGUGCGGUUCAGCAAUAACCCUGUCCUCUGCAACGUGGACACCAUCCAGUGGCGGGACAUCGUCGACCACAACUUUCUGAGCAACAUGUCAAUGGACUUGCAGAACCACCUGGGCAGCUGCCAAAAGUGUGAUCCAAGCUGUCCCAAUGGAAGCUGCUGGGGUGCAGGAGAGGAAAACUGCCAGAAACUGACCAAAAUCAUCUGUGCCCAGCAGUGUUCAGGACGCUGCCGUGGCAAGUCCCCCAGCGACUGCUGCCAUAACCAGUGUGCAGCUGGCUGCACGGGUCCCCGGGAGAGCGACUGCCUGGUCUGCCGCAAGUUCCGAGAUGAAGCAACGUGCAAGGACACCUGUCCACCACUCAUGCUCUACAACCCCACCACAUACCAGAUGGAUAUCAACCCCGAGGGGAAGUAUAGCUUCGGUGCCACCUGUGUGAAGAAGUGUCCCCGGAACUAUGUGGUGACAGAUCAUGGUUCGUGUGUCCGGGCCUGCGGUUCUGACAGCUAUGAGAUGGAGGAGGAUGGUGUCCGCAAGUGUAAGAAGUGUGAAGGGCCAUGUCGCAAAGUUUGUAACGGAAUAGGAAUUGGUGAAUUUAAAGACACGCUUUCCAUAAAUGCUACAAAUAUAAAACACUUCAAAAAUUGCACUUCUAUCAGUGGAGAUCUUCAUAUCCUACCAGUGGCAUUUAGGGGGGACUCCUUCACACGUACUCCUCCGCUAGAUCCAAAGGAACUGGAUAUUCUAAAAACCGUAAAGGAGAUAACAGGGUUUUUGCUGAUUCAGGCUUGGCCUGAAAACAGAACUGACCUCCAUGCUUUUGAGAACCUGGAAAUCAUACGUGGAAGGACAAAGCAACACGGUCAGUUUUCUCUAGCAGUUGUUGGCUUGAACAUAACAUCCUUGGGAUUACGCUCCCUGAAGGAGAUAAGUGAUGGAGAUGUGAUAAUUUCAGGAAACCGAAAUUUGUGCUAUGCAAACACAAUAAACUGGAAAAAACUAUUUGGAACUUCCAGUCAGAAAACCAAAAUUAUAAACAACAGAGGUGAAAAAAACUGCAAGGACACAGGCCACAUCUGUAAUCCCUUGUGCUCAUCCGAGGGCUGCUGGGGCCCUGAACCCAGAGACUGCGUCUCCUGCCAAAAUGUCAGCCGAGGCAAGGAAUGUGUGGAAAAGUGCAACAUUCUAGAGGGGGAGCCCAGGGAGUUUGUGGAGAAUUCUGAGUGCAUCCAGUGCCAUCCAGAAUGCCUGCCCCAGAUCAUGAACAUAACCUGCACAGGCCGGGGACCAGACAACUGCAUAAAGUGUGCCCACUACAUCGAUGGCCCCCACUGUGUCAAGACCUGCCCAGCUGGAAUCAUGGGAGAAAACAACACCCUGGUCUGGAAAUAUGCAGAUGCCAGCCGUGUCUGCCACCUGUGCCACCCAAACUGCACUUAUGGAUGUGCUGGACCAGGGCUUGCAGGCUGUGCCACAAAUGGACCCAAGAUCCCAUCCAUUGCUACUGGGAUUGUGGGUGGCCUCUUCUUGCUGGUGAUGGUGGGCCUUGGGAUCGGCCUUUUCAUGAGAAGGCGCCACAUUGUCCGGAAGCGCACGCUGCGUCGAUUGCUGCAGGAGAGAGAGCUUGUGGAGCCUCUGACGCCGAGUGGAGAAGCCCCCAACCAAGCUCUCCUAAGGAUCUUAAAGGAAACAGAAUUCAAAAAGAUCAAAGUUCUGGGCUCAGGAGCAUUUGGCACUGUGUAUAAGGGACUCUGGAUUCCAGAAGGUGAGAAAGUUAAAAUUCCUGUAGCCAUCAAAGAAUUAAGAGAAGCAACAUCUCCAAAGGCCAAUAAAGAAAUUCUUGACGAAGCCUACGUGAUGGCCAGCGUGGACAAUCCUCAUGUGUGCCGCCUCCUGGGUAUCUGCCUGACCUCCACUGUCCAGCUUAUCACACAGCUCAUGCCUUUCGGUUGCCUCCUGGACUAUGUCCGAGAGCACAAGGACAACAUUGGAUCCCAGUACCUACUCAACUGGUGUGUGCAGAUUGCAAAGGGCAUGAACUACCUGGAAGACCGGCGCUUGGUGCACCGUGACCUGGCAGCCAGGAAUGUCCUUGUGAAGACACCACAGCAUGUCAAGAUUACGGAUUUUGGAUUGGCCAAACUGCUAGGUGCUGAGGAGAAAGAAUACCAUGCAGAGGGAGGAAAGGUGCCUAUCAAGUGGAUGGCUCUGGAAUCAAUUUUACACCGAAUUUAUACCCACCAAAGUGAUGUCUGGAGCUAUGGAGUCACCGUUUGGGAGUUGAUGACUUUCGGGUCCAAGCCUUAUGAUGGAAUCCCUGCAAGUGAGAUCUCAUCCAUCCUGGAAAAAGGAGAGCGCCUUCCACAGCCACCCAUCUGCACUAUUGAUGUCUACAUGAUCAUGGUCAAGUGCUGGAUGAUAGAUGCAGAUAGUCGCCCGAAGUUCCGUGAGUUGAUUGUGGAAUUCUCCAAAAUGGCUCGAGAUCCCCAACGCUACCUUGUCAUUCAGGGGGAUGAAAGAAUGCAUUUGCCAAGCCCUACAGACUCCAAUUUUUAUCGUGCCCUGAUGGAUGAAGAAGACAUGGAAGAUGUGGUCGAUGCUGAUGAGUACCUCAUCCCACAGCAGGGCUUCUUCAACAGCCCAUCUACGUCUCGGACUCCCCUCUUAAGUUCUCUGAGUGCAACCAGCAACAAUUCCACUGUGGCUUGCAUUAAUAGAAAUGGGCAGAGCUGUUCCAUCAAGGAGGACAGCUUCUUACAGCGGUACAGCUCAGACCCAACUGGCGCCUUAACAGAGGACAGCAUAGAUGAUACAUUCCUCCCAGCACCUGAAUAUAUAAACCAGUCUAUUCCUAAAAGGCCUGCAGGAUCUGUGCAGAACCCCGUCUAUCAUAAUCAACCCCUGCAUCCAGCUGCUGGCAGAGACCCACACUACCAAAAUCCCCACAGCAACGCCGUGGGCAACCCCGAAUAUCUCAACACCACCCAGCCUACCUGUGUCAACAGUGUAUUCGACAGCUCCACCCACUGGGCCCAGAAAGGCAACCAUCAAAUUAAUCUGGACAACCCUGACUACCAACAGGACUUCUUGCCCAAGGAAUCCAAGCCAAAUGGCAUCUUUAAGGGUCCCACAGCUGAAAAUGCAGAAUACCUACGGGUAGCACCACCAAGCAGUGAAUUUAUUGGAGCAUGACCAUGGAGGGCAGCAUCAGCCAUAAAGAUUCUAGACUUUUCAGAAACCCAGGACCAAGCCAAGGCAGCUACUUCACUCCUGAUAGCCAUGCCCUUGUUAACUCUCAGACACCUGGACUGGUUUUACCACAUGAGCUGUGAUCAGCUCCUUUCAACCAGGAAGUGCCCCCUCCUUCGAUGCACUUUGGGAAGUUGUAGGCUCAUUCCUUGAUCUCCAAACUGUGAAACUUCCACAAAAAGGCAUCCAGGAAGAAAGUUGUACGUUUGAGCAGAAGAUUACCUUUCAGUGAGGUAUAUUAGAAAAAAAUAAAGAAAUAUACAAGGAGUUUUACUGCUUGGGGAUCUUUGGAAUUUUCAAUUGUCACUAUUGAUUUUGAUUUAAUGGGCUCUUCCAAGGAGAAAGAAAUUUACUUGUAGCCCUUGCUACACUGAGUUGAUCCAGACCCACUGUGACCAAGAAGCACGGGUUACAAGUCUUCCAGCUAACACUUGAUUCCACUGGCUCUGCUUCAAGACUCUUCCAUUGCAAGACAACUAAAUAUACAAGAAGUCCUGCAUGUCCUAAGCAGGCCAGAUUGGCACUGAAUCAAAUCAAGGCAGGUACAAUAGGAUAAGCCACUUUGUUCUUUCCUGGGUGAAGAAUUGAAGGGGUUGAAUUCUCCUUCAGAUUUACUUUUGUAUAAAUGUUUCCAUGGUACUACUCCCCAUUAGCUCACCAGUAUUUUCUAAUUAUGAGUAUUAGACUUACUUGUUUAUUUUCCAUUCAAUUGUUUUGAAACUUAUUAUGCUUUCCCUGUCUUAAUGUCAUGAAGUCAGCAAAAGGAGAUGGUACAUCAGGAGUAACUAAGAUUCCAUAUUUGCUCCAUCAGUGUUCAGACCCGUAGCCUUUAAAUAAGAUAUAACAACACUGCAAAAGUUCACAAAGGACCAUGGUCCUCAAAUUUGAGUCUCAGAUGAAAUGAAUCAAGUCCUUGGGAGAAUAUGUCAUGAGACUACAAAAACGAUACUGAUCUUAAGAUUCAUUUCACCUUCACACCUCUUCACAUAUACCCCAAAUUAGUUUUAGACUACUCAUGGGAGUCAUUUCAUUUUAAAAGAUUUUUGUUUGUUUGUUUGUUUGUUUGUUUACUGGAAGGGUACGUGUUCCUGCCUGGUAAUCUACCCUCAAAGUCCUUUCUGGCCCUUUGUGAAAGAAUAUCUAGGCCCUGAGGCUACUAUUGCAAGAACCAACACCCAGAAUAGGCACAUUGUAAAGGUGAAAAGAAAGAGAACAUUAUAAGUAGAGUGAAAUUCAAGUGGCAAACGUGAAAUUAGAGUUCUAAAUCAAUGAGGAUGCUUUCACAUCUUUAGAUGUUUUAAGAGGGGAGAAAUUCAUCCUAAAUUAAUGUCCCUAUAAUUGGACUGUCCAACUAGUUAGGAUCCCAACUUUUUUCCCCCUAAUUUUCUCAUCCUUGCAACUUAGUUGGUUAAUGGCAAUCCUUUGUAAAGAAUGUUUUAAAUCCUCAUUGUCAACAUGUUCUCCUUCCUGCUCAUCAAGGAAGAAAUCCCUAUUUUAAGAAAUCCACAUAUAGUAAAGGAAGUGGACUCACAAAUAGCAACCUUUAAAACAACAUGACAAAUAUUGUAUGUCAGCUAAACACAAGAACUCAGAACAGGCAUGGGUGAAUUUCUCCUGGGGAUACCUAGAAGGUUCAUCAAGGAGGUGAUACUGCAAAUACUGCAACUAGGACUUUAACAUGACCAGGGUCUAAGCCACAGGGGAAAGGGAACGUGGACUCUCAGCAGAGGGAGUCCCAACCAAGAAAGCAUCUAGAGAAAUUCAUGGAUGAAGUAGGUUUAAAGGCAAGUUCAGUCAUCCUGACAUGCCACUCCUUUAGGCCUGAAACUAGGCUUGCAGAAUCCCCCAGGUUCCAUAAAUGUCCCUUCCCUUCUGGGCUACCAUCUAUCAACAUGAUUAAUGAGAAGAUUAAGGAACAUUUUAAGAACCUAAGAUACGCCAUUGUCAUAAAACCACUUUCAUUAUUCACCUCAGUACUCAAAAAGGAAAGAAAAACUUUAGUCAGUGUGUAUUCAGACCUGGGAAACAGAAUGACUCACUUUCUGCUGUCACUUAUUUGUCAAGAAGCAGAUGAUUGGUGAGCAAGAGCAGUCCUAAGCCAGUUGAAUUGUAGCAAUGAAAUUCUAGUAUUUUUGUACUUUGAAAUACUUUCCUAUAACAAAAUAAACUACAAAAACAAUUCAAAUUUGCCUUUCUUCUCUUUGUACUUCAAUUUUUCCUGCAUAAAAUCUUAUUCCUAUUUAUUCUAAGAUUCCUAUUUAUUCUAUAAAAUGUUUUAUGUCUAUUCAGGGAGACAUUGAGGCUAUCCCAGUGCCACUAUGGGAAAGGAGCUACCAGGUUCUCAUUACUUCCAUAUCACAUCCCUGACAGGUCCAAUCUCAAAGUUUGUACUCACUUUCAUUCUUCCUCAUCGAUAAUCAUUCCAAAUACCUUCCUAAGCAUCUGUCUGCUAAUUCUUCCUCAGUUAGUUCCUAGAAGACCUUUCCCUGUGACCCCAGCCUCAAAUCUGCCCUUUGGAAACAGAGUUCAAAAGAAAGUAAGAGUCAGGAACUAACAAUGGGACACAAAUUUUGCUUACAUCUUUUCACAGUCUGUAAGAAGUCUCUAUCAUUAUACACUAUGAAAAAUACUUACCACCUCAUGAUAAAAAAAAAGAUGAAUCUUUCAAACUCUAAAUAUGCUGUGAGUCCCCUUGCCAUUCCUUUUACAAGUAGGAGUCCAAUGGAGGCACCAUAUUACAUUCCAGCUGAUGAUGAGAAAGCUUAGGUAUCUGUUGAAAGUUCUUAAGUUUGUUUUAGACUCUCCACCCAAGCUGCAGCCAUUGAAGAACUAUGGAUUGUGUACACAGGAAUGGGACGGUCCCCAGGCUGGGAUGCCCUUUGUAAUUCCUGGGCCCAAUCAAAGGAUUCUGAUUUGUUUUUCUCAAGUGAAGUCAGGAUCAUGAACUUUUCGGGGUGCUCACCCCAGAUUAUUCCAUUGUGCACCAAAUUUUUGUGCACCAAAGAUUUGAGCAUCAAUUGUGUAAAUGAAAGUCCAAGAGAGCAAGCCUUGGCACUCACCAGUGGGACUCCCACCCACACUCCCAUCAAGUCCUUUGGUUGCACAUGUGUAGUAUGCAGCUGUUGCCUGAUGGUGAUAAGCCAGUUCUCACUCUCACUGCAAACAAGAAUCCUGAGAGUUUAAAAGAGAAGUCUAGAAUCUCUGGAAACCCAUUCAAUUAGAAUUUCUAAGGUUCUCCCACUUAGUUCUAACAUACACACCCUAUAAGCCUGUACCAUGCUCUAAGUCAUGGUAGAAUAAAAAGGCCUAGGUAGUAUAGGGAAUCCCAUAUGUCACUGAAAGAAAAGUUCAUAGCUGCCAAAAUGCCUAAGAUUUAGCCACUAGUGACCAUUCCAAAAGCCUCCAGUUCCUUACUUCCAGUGGUUUAUACUGAAAAUAGCUAACAUUCAAAUCUGAGCCUUGAUAACUUUAUCAGGACACUUUGCAUUUUCUAAAAAGUGAGUUAUAAAAGCCAGUCUCCUUUCCCCCACCCUCACUCAGUGAGUUGCUCCCUCUUAAGAGGAGCUGUUGAAAUUACCCUUAAUCUGUACUCUGUAUUUCUUUCUUUUGAUAAGCACACGUUUUUAUUAUAACAUGAUAAUCUGUUUAUAUUUCCUUACCUGAAGCUAUAAAACCUUAACUGAACAGAAAUCCCUGCCUCUUUUCCCAGCCACACCUACCAUACUAGGGACAAACAUCUUUGUACUAUUAAAGACACAUUCAGACAGGUUUUGAAAUGUAGAUCUAUUUUUGUAACUUUUUUGUAGCAUAUUGUCCUCUUCAUGUAGCACUGAUCUUUGUAAAGUAUAUUUUUAGGAAACUCAUUUUUCUACUAAAGGAAGUAGUUUACUUUAGAAAGACUGCAAUAGAAUUAAAAAUUGAAAUUCAAAUCUUUGCUUAUAAGGGUUAAACUAAAGCAAGAGAACUCUUUCUUAAACAAAGGUAACCUCAUUGCAGAGCUAAGUUAGGUCAUUGUCAUGGUGAAUAGAAGAAUCAUCAAUUUGAUAUUUAUAAAAUUAGAAAAGAUAGAAAACCCAUUAACUUAGUAUUGAUCUGAAGCAGGUUCUGGUCAGUCUGUUAUUAAAAAGGGAUCACUAUAAGGAUUACUGUCUGUUAUCACUACUAGAAGAAUCCAAAUUCAUGCUCUAUUCUGAUCAUCUGCCAAUAUGACCUUAUAUAUGUAACAAAAGCAGUAAUAUAGCACUUUUGGGCUUAUAUGUCCUAAUCUGGCUUAACACAAAUUAUUUUUAUUAUAAUUGAUAUUCAUUUACCAGUAUAGACUUAGAAGUAUGUGGACAACCAUAAAUGUUUAUUUACCAUGUUUGGAACAUUCAACAUAUUCAUGAAAUCCACCAAGAGUCUUAUCAAGUCUAAUCAUAACCACCCUAAAGAAGCUCCCCUGGCUACACCUUGAAAUCACCUGGGGACCUUUCAAAACCUUUAAAACCCAGCUAUAUCUGAGACUAAUUAUACCAUUCUCUAUGAGAGAGACCCAGGUAUUUGUACUUUUUAAAACUCCUGAAGUCAUUCCAGUGCACAACCAAAGUCAAGAGCCACCAGCUCAGGGAAUAGCCACAGAGACCUGGACUUGCAGGUAACUUCUGCAGAGUGGGUGACUCCCAGGCCCAGAGAAUUCUAAGACACAAAGAUAGCAUCUGUCACUAAGUAGUAGAAGAGUUCCCAUGAUGGCUUCCCAUGCACUAGAGGGCAGAGUGUCUAACCAAUGGAGGAAAAGCAAAGGAAGUAUAAAACAGACACCUAUUUUUGUCAUUUCCAAAGUUCCCUCUCUAUUAAAGGUGAACUAGUAGUAAAAUAAAGGUAGUGAGUAUUCCUGCUGCUUUCGCAACUGACAUUGUUGCCCUCCCAAGUGACCUUUAUUUCCCAGAGUGAAGGAUAACCUUGAUCUAUCAGUUACAUUAGAAAGAGUGGCCUUGAAGAGGAUUGAUAAAUAGUUGAAUGACUUUAAUAGAAAUAAGUGCAAGAGGAUUUUUAUACUUUUUUCAUAAACUAUACCUGGGGUAGAAACUGAAGCAACUAAUUGUGGUUUUACUUUCAUGUACAUCUGCACAGUCACAGUGUAUCCUCUGAGAUCCUAAGCUUGUCAUGCCUGAAUCGCCAACAGAAGUAUUAAGAAUCCCCACCCCAUCACCUAGAUAGACAUUUCUAGAUGCAUUUACUUUCUUUAAAUUUUUUUUAAAAAUCCAUUGACCUGAUUUGGCUACAAAAUAAUCUUUCUGUAUAAUCUCUUAGAAAUUAAGAGAUCUCAUGGAUCUAAUGACUGGUAUUAGAAGUAAUGAUGUAACUGAUUUAACACCAGACAGCAAUAACUUCAUGUUAGUUAUUCAAACAAUAGCUUUAUAGCAUCUUUAUUUGGUAUGUUUUAACCCUGUAAAGUUUUGCAAUGUACAAAUGGAAAGCAAGAUUCUCUUUUAUAUGGUUUAUACUAUUGAUCAGAACAUGUUGAUUGUAUAUUAUUAAAACAUUAGAUGUA